GGCUCCGACGCUUCUCAUUGGCUGCGCCUUCGCUGUUGACGUCACCUCGCAUUCCUGUUCUCGAACCCCUCCACCUCCCUCAACCCUCUCCUAAAAUCACCCGAAAAAAAGAAAAAGUUAGAUAGAGAGGGGGGGAAACCCUACUCUCGAUCACCUUAAUCAUGCGUUCUUUUCGAUUCGGGAGAGGAGGAGGAGGAGGAGGAGGAUUCAAGGAAUGGGUUCUCCUCUUCCUGCUGCUUCUCUCUGCUUUCUCCCGAAGCGGGGCUUCCUCCUUUGGACAUGCUCGGAAGAUGCUCCUGAGGGAAAAGGUCCGCGAGAUGUUUUACCAUGCUUAUGACAAAUACAUGGCUCAUGCUUUUCCGCAUGAUGAGUUAAAGCCUCUUACCAAUACUUACACCGACUCCCUUAGCGAGCUUGGAAAUCUAAAUCUUGAACACCUGCCACAGUAUUAUAAUGGAUCUGCCUUGACGCUUAUUGAAUCAUUAUCUAGUCUUGUUGUCUUAGGUAACUACACAGAAUUUGAAAGAGGAGUUCUUUGGCUUUCACAUAACCUUACAUUUGAUGUGGAUGCGCGGAUAAAUUUGUUUGAGUGCAAUAUAAGAGUUCUUGGAGGACUUGUUUCUGCUCAUAUUGUUGCAGCCGAUAACAAGAGCAGGCUUGCUGAUGGAUUAUACAAGAAUCAGUUACUCAAUCUGGCUGAAGAUUUAGGUCGCCGCUUUCUACCUGCAUUUGAGACUCCUACAGGGUUGCCGUAUGCAUGGAUAAAUCUAAAGUACGGAGUAAUGGAGAAUGAGACAACUGAAACAAGCACAUCAGGGUGUGGUUCUCUUAUUCUUGAAAUGGGAGCAUUGUCGCGCUUGACUGGUGAUUCUAGGUAUGAAGCUGCAGCUGUUCGUGCGUUGCGUAAAUUGUGGAGCAUGAGAAGUUCUUUAAAUCUCUUGGGCACAACUCUUGAUGUUGUGACUGGAGAGUGGAUAGAGUACUCGUCAGGCAUUGGUGCUGGAGUUGAUUCAUUUUAUGAAUAUUUGAUGAAAGCUUACAUUCUUUUCGGAAGUGAUGAGUUCUGGGACAUGUUUCAUUCUGCGUAUAUUGCUGUGCAAAAAUACUUCCGGCAUGGCCCAUGGUAUCAUGAUGCUGAUAUGAGGAAUGGGAAAGCUACAUAUUGGCAGCUAACCAGCCUUCAGGCCUUCUGGCCUGGUCUUCAGACUCUUGUAGGAGAUGUUGCAGCUGCCAACUUGUCACAUCGUGAAUUUUUUAACGUAUGGGAGAAGUUUGGUGUGCUUCCUGAAAGAUAUCUUUUGGACCAUGACAUGUUGCAUCCAACGGAGAAAUAUUACCCAUUGCGCCCUGAACUUGCUGAGUCUACAUUUUACCUUUAUCAAGCAACUAAAGAUCCUUGGUACUUGGAAGUGGGUGAAGCCAUCAUUGGCUCUCUUAAUCACUACACUAGAGUAGAUGGUGGCUUUGCAAGCAUCAAAGAUGUUUCCACGAUGCAACUUGAAGAUCACCAACAUAGCUUCUUUUUGUCUGAAACAUGCAAGUACCUUUAUCUUCUUUACGACAAUUCUUUUUUGGCUGAUAAAAAUUACAUAUUCACAACUGAGGGCCAUCCCCUCCCUGUGAGAAGUUGGUGGCAGGAGAGGCUUCCAGAGAGCCAUAUUCUGAGUAAUUGGACAUUCGGAAAGGGUGGAAAUCAAGCAACUCAUGUAAGUGCAUUAUCAUCUCAAAUUUGUCCAGAGACUAUCUUCAGGGAAAGUGUCGGUUCACAGCACGAGAGUGCAUGUCAUGUCCCUGAUGUCCAUCCAAGUCACAGAUGCCGAUCUCACAACGAAUGUGGCAUCGACUCAACAACCUGUAGACAGAGAACUUGUAGUAUGGCUGGUUAUUGUGGCCUGUGGUUAUUUGUGUAGCAUAAUUAUUUGCUAUAUACUAGGUGGUAAUUAAAUUGUGUACUGUUCUUUUUACCAAAGGCAAAAUAAACGCAAAAGGAAUAAGCUAAAUUAGAUUGUAAGAUAGUGUACAUUAGAACAAUAUUUUUGUGGUAAUUAAUCAGCAAUGUCGAGUAGCAAUAAUUUUAGAUCUCGCUAUUUGCUGGUUGUAGAAUA